UUCAUUGGACAGACAACUUCAUGCAAAUGAAAGAAGUGCACGUUUCCUCCACUGAAAUCGCUUUAUUCAUUAUUUGUUUGUAAACAAAGAUGCGUGAACAGCGAUCAUAAAAACAAGUACCAAGGAAUUGGUUAAUUAAAAUUCACAAGUAUUUGAGACGGAGUCCGAAAAUGGAAAGCAUAAAAGUGAUAUUUAUUAUGGUGAUUACACACCAGAAUCAUUUCAGUGAAAGCGCAAAUGUCAAAUGUAAAGCAGGCCUAGAGCGUCUGAACAAUGGUGUCUGUGAACCUUGUCUUUGUCCCAAAGGACAAGGCCUUAAUAUCUCUAAGGGUUCAGUUGACAGUCUGGCGGGAAAUGCUAUGUGUCAACUUUGUUUACCCUGUUCGCCUGGCCAAUUUUCUGGUCCUUACACAAAAUACCUGUGCGAGAAAUGUUCAAUGCCUUGCCACAUUCAAAACAGAAUCACUAUUCAACAUUGUGGAAGAGAGAAUGAUAAUGUAUGCGGGAAGUGUCUGACUGGGUACACGGAGACCACAGACAAAGUUUGUCACUCAAUAGAGAGCCACGGAAGAAAGGUCCGACGACAACUUAAGGAUGAUGAUCACACCGUGUACUUUGUUUUGGCGGGAAUCGGCAUACCACUAUGGAUAAUGUGUAUCAUCUGCUGCAUUAUAUUUAGAAAUAAAAUUGGGUCUUGGAAGCAAAAAUCAAAGUCCCAUUGCAAACAUCCAGACGCCUGCAAGAUCAAUAUGAUUCAUAUCAUAAACAAAAAUAUAAAGGAUGAUCCGUUUGACCGGAAAAUAGAUGAAAGGACUUUAAUUGAGCAUCCAGAGUCCUGAGGAAGCCGGUAGAGACAUUGUAUGGUUGUAACUAAGAGUCAGGUGUAAAACAUUCCAUGGUGUAUGACAUUCAUUUGUGAACAUUCAUGUGGAAUUGUCCUAUAGAUCAGUGCCAAGCUUUGAGUUGAAUAUUUACUGCAUUUUCCAUCUUGCUUAAAGAAAUAAAUAUCAUGAUGUCAUUUUGAGAACUUGCAUACAGACCAUCUGCGGGUUUCUGUUUACAUUGUUCAGAGUUUGUAAAUAAAUUUAGAGAAUCUCUAGAUCUCUACUAUUGUAGAUGAAUGUAUUACGGCUACAUAUAAUUAUGUCUAGCCAAAAUAUUAUGCCAGAUUAUAUUUUUAUACAUUUUUGGGGGGUGGGAUGGGGUGCGCUGUGUCCAAUCGCAAUCACCUUUAUUAUAAAGUACUCAGUAGAAAAUCAUCAUGCAAUUUAGAGGAAAGGAUACCGGGUUUAGAUUUUUUCUUCAAGAUGUUCCUACUCACCCCCUUGUCCAUUAAUUUUGUAAUGGCCCUGUUUUAUUGCUUUGUUAUUAUUCCAUUUUUAUGAUCACUUUUUUAAUUGCUUAUUUUUGAUAAUUAUUUUUAAAUUUAGACUUUACUGUACAUGUACAUAAUAACAUUUUAAAAAAAAAAGAAGGAGAGAAAGAAACAUGAUUUGUAAAACUUUAAGUGAAGUUUCUGUGUGAUGAUAAAUAUAUGUUGCAUUUGUUAUUCCUGAACCUAAGUGGGUUUUGUAAUAGAAGUGUACGUGGCAAAUUCAACAUGGUUAUUCUUUAUUUGCAAUAAACCCAGACUGCAUGAGAGUUGUCGUUCUUUUCACGAACACUACAUAGCAUUGAGUAAAUAUAUUAGAAAAAAUACUUUAUUCAUAUUUUUGAUAAAAUAUUUUUGUUGAGCUAUUUUCUAUAUAUGUCUCAAUGUACUUCUUUUACAUUUGGAAAUAAACUGAAUAAUAAAUUUUA